CAUUUGUGGAGUGUUGACCAGCUCUUGAACACAGUCAAUGCUGACGUGUCCUCUCCAACGUACAUAUAUAUACGUGGAGUGAGCAGACGAGUUUUCAAGCAGCUGUUCUCCAUUUGUUCUUUCCGCACAUUACUGUCAAUUUCAAGAUUAUCUCAUCGCAGGUUCUUUAUGAAAAAUUGAAAACCCUCCAUGAAUUUGGCGUAAAGGGUACUGUGAAAUGGAGGGUGGCAUAGAUUUUGUUACUGUCUUCAAUGUUGAUAUAACAUCAAGCAUCCUCGAACUUUUGAGCGAUCCGUGUGAUCUCCUAAGGGCAAGUGUGGUUUCGCGAGCUUGGCACCAUUUCUUGAUUGCAAAUGGCCUUUGCAAGAAGUUGUGGUUGAGAAAGGUUCCUCAAGUCACUUACAUCGCCUAUUCAGUCAAAAAAAUCGACGGCAAAAAUAAACUAGUUAACAUUGCAUCUAAAAACACCGUCAACUGGAGUUCUUCUAUUGGGAAGGAGCGUAAAUUAGUUUUUACUCUAUAUCACCCUCUUCCACACGACGGGAUAAAUAAACUAAUUAACGUCACGUCUAAAAACAACAACUUUAACUGGGGUAAUCUUGACAUGGAGCAUAAAUUAUUUUCUUCUCUACUCCACACUCUCUCGAAGCCCAUAACUUCUCCCAAAUUCAUCAUGUCUUUCCCUGUUGGCGCCUCGAGCACAGACCAAAACCCACCCAUGACAGUUAUUAAUACCUUGACCCCAGAGCUUUGUUCCUUCUGGUCGAGUAAAGGGCAGAAUGACCCUAAUGCCCCUGAGUAUCUGUUGUAUAAGCUAAUGACCAGUGAAUCGUGUCUGCAGACCUUUAAGUUGCCAGAACCCGUUGUUUGUGUUAAUGGGGUUUUUCUAAUCGAGCUGCUCGGGAGGCCCCAGAAAGACGUAGAUGGACUGUAUUAUAUACGUUUGGGUUAUGCGAAAAUUAUGGGGCAAACUCUGGAUACGGCUUUCCAUACUGAUGUUCACCCGUCAGGUGAGGUUCAGUUGGAUUACUAUCCUCACUCGGCUGGCUCUGGAUUAAGAAGCUUCUCGAGCAAAAAUAAGGAAGAUAUGGCUCGGGAAAACGAGGAGUUGUGCAUGGGAAUGGCUCGGGGGUUGCUCGAUUUUCUUGAUGAUGAGGAUGAAGAGGAGGAGGAGGAGGAUAACUGAUGAAUGUUCAUCAUUUUGUAAUCCCCUAUCCAGAAUAAGUUUUUUUUUUUCUUUUUCUUUUUUCUUGAAUUCAGUAUAGGUGUGGUUUUGGGAUUAUAAGUACAAUUCUGAACUUCUUUUUUGUUGUUCUUGUAAUAAAUAUGUUUUGUCACAUUUUUUAAAAUGUGAUGGGUUUGACAAUGUGGGGGCAUAAAAUUGUGAACAUGCAAUUGAAAUUAUUUUAGCUUAAAAGGUCCACCU